UCUCGAAUCGAUAGAGCCCGUGCAGUUGGCCGAAUUUAUUCAAAUCAGUUGAAUUCCGCGUGAGGAAGCGUCGAGGUGUCGUCUCUCUCCUGAUCCCCGUUGUAGCUACUGCAAUGUGCAAAUACGUCUUAAUUGCUGCACUGGCCGUGAUGACCACCGUCCCACGAGUCCGGGCCACGCUGCACGACCUGCCCGGGGUCUUUGACUUCUCCAACCUGGACCUUGUCAAUUUCCAGUACUUUAAGAACCUGCCAUCCCAGGAUCCGAGAACUGCUGCCACCGCCAAUCCCUUUAUAGAGCACUUCCAGAAGAAGAAGGCUGUUCUGGAUUAUUUUGACCGCCUGUUCUUUGGAAAUUCACCAUUUCAGCAGCCCAGCGAGAUUCCUUUUGACCCGCAUUUUGGCCGGGCGUGGCGUCCAACCUACGAACGAAAGUUUGGCUAUCGCGGUGAGCGUCUUAUCGCCGCGCUGGGAUCAGGGUACUCCGUCCAGCAGCUCCGUCAUUUUGGAGCUAUUCCUCGGGAGUACGGCACGCCGCAUUAUCCCAGCUGAGUGUGUUUAUAAUCCAUAAUCGAAAUAGUGCGAGUAUUUAUGAAAUAAAGUUAAGUGGAUCUAUUUAA